AUGGCCCCCAGCGACGAAUACACAGCCGGCGGGGGCGGCAAACUCAAACUCAAAGGCUCCAAAGUCAGCGACGGCCGAGUAGAAAAGAAAAAGAAGAAGUCCAAGAAGAGCAAAUCCGACAAGGAGGGUGAGGGUGGCUCCGCGCCGCCCGAAGCUAGACACCCUGAUGAAGACGGGAGGAGCGAGGACCACCACCAGGACCACCACACAUCUCCCGAUGAGGGGGGUGCAACAGUAGGCAAGACAGAAGCGGAAAGGAAGUACGAAGAGGCGCGAAAGAAGAGGCUCUUGGAACGUCUAAAGCGGGAAGGAGUCAAGACUCACAAGGAGCGAGUGGAGGAGUUGAAUAAGUACUUGAGCAGGUUGAGUGAGCAUCAUGAUAUGCCGAAGAUCGGACCCGGUUAA